GGGGGCUCCUGGUUAGAACCUCUGUGGCUCUUUGAGUGUUUAAGCUUGCUGACCCCUGGGUUAGAGACCCUGGUUCGAAAUCUCCAGGCUGUUCCAGAAAAUCUGAUGCUAAGCCACGCUCAUCCAGCUGCUUUAUUUUCCUUGAUCCAUCCUUCGGCAGACUGGUGUCUACACGCCGAACCGCAACCUGAGGCUUUCCACUCCGCACUGGGGUCGCCUUCCCUUCUACAGUCUCUGAGAUCCCGUUCUCGAUGUCAUUCAGCGCCACCAUCUUGUUCUCCCCGCCUCAUGCUAAUGAAGCCAAAUGCUGCUGUUGCACUUGCAAGCAGGAGCCGGGGGUUCCCGUCACGGUCCCACCACCCCCGCCCCCAUCGUCCCCUCCUUGCACCCCCAUCACCAUCACGGGCACGGGGCUGGCGGUCCAGUCCUCAGAACAGCUGCUCCACGUCAUCUACCAGCGGGUUGAAAAGGCCGUCAGCUUAGCCGAACUGGCGCUCAGCUUGGCGAAGGCCAACAACGAAGCCCUGAAACGUCUCGAGGAAGACAUGGCGGCUCUACGCCAGGGGCCUGUCAUGGCCCUCAAAGCCAGCCCCCUGCAGCUCCCCGAGGAGCCCGAAAACGAGGAGGAACUGGAGGCCGAAGAGUUUGGGAAUGGCGUCCAGGUGGUCAUCGAAGAAUUGAAGCAGCUGGGUGCCGCGUCGGCUGCAAUGGGGCGGCCUGAACCUUUGGCCUUCUCGCCCGUGCUGGCCCUUGGAGUAGCCGAGGAAUGUCCUGCAGAAGAUGCACCAUUGCCACCAGUCUAUGCUCCUCCUUCCUCUCCUACCCCACAGAUGGCCCAUCAGCCACCUCUCCAACCUCUGGACGAGUCCACCUCCUGUCCAGAGGGAUCCCCCAGCAGCACGACUCACAAGGAGACCCCGAACGGUGAACCCCAUUUCUGCGUAGGCUUCACUGGUCUCCCUUGCAGGAGCAGAAACCUUGGGCAGAAGAACGCCAGGCGCAAAAGGGAUCUGGUCUUAUCUAAAUUGGUCCACAACGUUCACAACCACGUCGCCAACGAAAAACGCUUUGACGGUGCGGAAAGCAUUAAAUCAUCCUGGAAUAUUUCCGUAGUGAAGUUUUUGCUGGAAAAACUCAAACACGAAUUGGUCUCCAAUCACCAUAAUUAUACCGAUAAGGAACUCAAAGGUGCUUGCGUGGCCUACUUCCUGACCAAGCGGCGUGAAUAUCGGAAUUCUCUUAAUCCGUUCAAAGGGCUUAAGGAGAAAGAGGAGAAGAAAUUACGCAGCAGGCGGUAUCGGCUCUUCGCCAACCGUUCGGGGGUGGCCCAGUUGUUGGGCUCGGAGGAGCAGCGUCUGUGGCGAGGGGUCACCGAAGAACUGAUGUCGGACGAGGAAGACAGCGCCCAUGAAGCUGGCGUGUGGGUGGCGCGGCCGCCCCGCUUCCGAGCGACGCCGCUCAGCCAGCUGUGCUACCGUCUGGACGCCAACUCCAAGCACGGCACCAAAGCCAACCGCGUCUAUGGGCCGCCCUCCGAACGCCUCCCCUCUGCCGAAGUUCAGCUUCUGCCCCCGCAGCUCUACAAUCCCCACUUCCAGGAGGAAGACCCCAAAAUGGGAACCCCGGCCCACGUACCCCCCCACAAAGCUUUCAGCACCGAACUCAGCUCCUUUGUGGAGAUCAAAGUAGAAAAGGACCAGUAAGGACCUUCGGCUCCAUUGUACGACGGCCCGCUGAAUAAAACACCAGGAAGGGA